AUGUCAUUCUCUUUCCGCUUACUUCGUACCGUUUCACGACGGGAAUUCUACAAAGCACGUACAAAUUUUAUUGCCAACACCACUCCCCCCACCUUCCCGCUCUUCACAAAUAAAGCCAGUGCUAUCGCUAUACCAUUCUCCAAAAAAGCACGCGUCUUCUCAACCACAACUGAAGAAAAAAGCGGAGGCGGUGGCGGUAGCAAAUUAAUUUGGAUAGCCGCUGGUCUUAUUGGCGCCGGAGCAGGUUAUUAUAUCUUCUCGACGCAACAAACCGUUCAAAAAGUGGAUCCAGUUGCAACACCACCGCCUAAAAAAGAAAUCGAUUAUCAAAACGUUUAUAAUCAAAUUGCGGAUAUUUUAGAGGACAAUGAUUAUGAUGAUGGGUCAUUUGGUCCUGUACUUUUACGGUUAGCAUGGCAUUCAUCCGGAACUUACGAUAAGGAAACGGGUACUGGUGGAAGUAAUGGCGCAACCAUGCGAUUUGCACAGGAAGGCGGAUAUGGUGCGAAUGCUGGGUUAAACGUUGCUCGGGAUAAAUUAGAAAAAAUCAAAGAGAAAAAUCCGGAAAUUUCAUAUUCAGAUUUGUGGACUCUGGCUGGUGUAGUUGCAGUUCAAGAAUUGGGUGGACCGACAAUACCUUGGAGACCCGGACGGGCUGAUGUUGAUGCAUCAUUUACCACACCUGAUGGACGACUUCCGGAUGCUUCCCAAGGCGCUAAACAUAUCCGUGAUAUAUUUUACCGAAUGGGCUUCGAUGAUCGUGAAAUUGUGGCUUUAUGCGGUGCUCAUGCACUUGGUCGAUGUCAUCCUACACGAAGUGGAUUCGAUGGACCAUGGACUUUUUCGCCGACUGUCUUCACCAAUGAUUUCUUUAAGGAGCUCUUGAAUAAGAAAUGGGUCGAGAAAAAAUGGAAAGGACCAAAACAAUACGUGGAUAAACAAACUGGUGAUUUGAUGAUGCUUCCCGCAGACCUUGCAUUUAUUCAAGAUAAAUCAUUCAGACAAUGGGUCGAGAAAUAUGCGAAAGAUGAACAAUUAUUCUUUAAAGAUUUUGCUGACGCCUUCAGAAAACUAUUGGAAUUAGGGGUGCCAUUCACUGGCAAUGAAAAAGUAUACACGUUUAAACGUACCAGUGAAUAA